UCCUCUUCCAAAAAUUCCCUGUCUACCAAAAUAGAAAUAAAAAUUAUCUUUUUUAACUUUCAUUUUAUACUCUCUCUCUUUCUCUCUCUCUCUUCACGUCUCUGACCACCGUAUAUUCACUCAUUUCUUUGCCCAUCUUCUUUCUCUCUCUCUCUCUCUGGUGGAAAUGUAGAAUUGAAGAUCACAGAAACGGUCUUAUAUAUGUGCUUGAGAAUUAGGGUUUGUGAUUCUGUGGUGCUUGAAUUUGGGAACAACUGCUACUAGGAGCUCGGAGAAAGAGAAAAAUGCCGUUGACGAGGUAUCAGGUACGGAGCGAGUUCAGUUUGGCGGAUCCGGAGCUGUACAGAGCAGCUGAUAGAGAUGAUCCAGAAGCUUUGUUGGAAGGUGUUGCCAUGGCUGGACUCGUCGGUGUCUUGCGCCAGCUUGGUGACCUCGCCGAGUUCGCUGCUGAGAUAUUCCAUGACUUGCAUGAAGAAGUAAUGGCUACAGCUGCAAGAGGACAUGGUCUUAUGGCUCGUGUUCAACAGCUUGAGGCAGAAGUUCCUUCAAUUGAGAAGGAAUUUCUAUCCCAAACAAGUCAUUCAUUAUUCUUUUCCAAUGCAGGUGUUGAUUGGCAUCCUAAUCUGCGUACGGAACAGAAUCUGAUAACUCGUGGGGACUUACCUCGCUUUGUAAUGGACUCUUAUGAAGAAUGCCGGGGCCCUCCACGGCUAUUUUUGCUGGACAAGUUUGAUGUUGCGGGGGCUGGAGCGUGUUUAAAGCGUUAUACUGAUCCAUCUUUCUUUAAAGUGGAAGCAGCAUCCUCUGGAAAAGCAACAGAAGUUCAGAGGGAAAAGAAAAACCGCAAAGUGAAGAAAAAAGGAUCACGCUGGAGAAAUGGAGAAACACCUGAAGUCCAAUCCACAUCACAUGCCAAAUUGCAUCAGUUGUUUCUGGAGGAACGCAUUGAGAAUACUUUUAGUGACCCUGCGCGUCUUGUGAAGUUGAAGAAAAGGCAAUUGAAUGGAUAUCCAUUUGACUCAAAAACUGGGAGAAGUUACAUGGAGAAAUUCCUGGAGACUGAUACUGCUGAGCAUGAGGUGGUUCAUGAAAAAUCUAUCACUUCACCCGUGAAAUUGACUAUGGAUAAUUAUAGUGAAUCAGGGCUUGAAAUACUUGAAAUCAGUACUGUGAGUCCUGUAAAGAAAUCAUCGCAAGGAAAGGAAAGUGCAUGUUCCUCACCUAAUGCACAGGAGGAAGUUUCAGAACCAUACAUGGAGAAGUUUAACGGGGAUGUCAUUGGUGGAAAAUUUGUACAAGUGUCUGAGCCAGGCAAUGAUGGUGAUAUCAAUUACAUUUCUUCUUCCAGCCUCGAUAAGGUAGCAGUUGAAAAGGAAUUGGCAGUUGAUGGAGACCUCAGAACUGAAGGCAGUGUAGAUGGGUACAAUUCUGAUGAUUUGGCCAGUGAGAUAGACAAUUACAUGGAUGCCCUUAACACCAUAGAGUCAGAAAUUGAAACAGAAAAUGAGUAUAGACCUGAGAAUGACCAGGGCUUCUUCAGUGUUAAGAAAGAUGGGAGAGAUUCUGAUGAAAAUGAAGAAAAUCUGGCGCUCCAAGCUCAAUUUUCGGAUUCUCAAUCAUUUGGAAACUCCUCUGUGUCAGAUUAUGGGAAUGGUUCGUUCAAGAAUAAUAGAUCCAGUUUUUCCGACUCUGAUACACUAAGCAGUUUGGCUGAGCAUACAGCAUCUGGUGGUGAUGGAGUGGCUAAGGUGUUUCCGUCUUCCGAAACUUGUGCAGCAGAGAGUGUGGAUAUCCCAUCCAGCCAGCUAAUGGAUGAGUUGGAGGGAACCAAAUCUCAUGAUUUUUCAGUGCCAAAUGGUACACGCAUUGAGGAAGACAAGAUCCCUGAUGUUGGAGAAGCAUCAUGUAGCUCAUGUCUUACAGAUUCCAUACCUGUACUACUGCCUUCAGAUCAUGGAGUACACUUGUCACUGGAUACAUUGGUGGGUCCUGAAGUAGAGGAAGUAACCUCUGACUCUAUUAAGAUUGGUUCCAAAUUAUCAGACAAUGAAAAUGGGACAAAUCUAGUUGAUUCUAGAGCUGUUGUCUCUGGUGUUCUGUCUCAGGAUAUUCAUGAUAUUUGCUUGGUAAGUUCUGUUGAAAGCCAUCUGGACGUUGAAGAACCAAAUGUUGUUUCUGAUGCUUUGCUGCAUUUGUCGGAUGUUUCAAAGCCAACUUUGGAAAUUGAAAGGAGCAACUUUUCUCUUAAUGAAGCACUUCAAGCAGAAUCUGUUGAUGAAGAAUAUUCUGAAAAUCUUGCCGAUGAAAAGAUUGCUUCACCUCAUUCAAGUUCACCUAAAGAAAAUCAGCUCCAUUGCUCAGCCUCACCACAAGAAGUUUGUUCAGAUUUGAUACCUCCUACUUGUUGUUCAGAUCUUAUAGAGCCUGAUGAUAUAGUUUCCAAAUCCGAUGAUGCUCUUAUGGUGAGUGGAAUCAACUCAGCUCCUAUGGUUGAAACUCAAAAGACGCACAACUUUGAGGAGCAGGAAUUUUUAGAUUUAAUGGAUGAUGUUCCAGAACUUAAACUUGCUUCUGCAGAAUUUGUUGUUCCAUAUUCUGACAAGAAAUCAGAUAUUGAUGGGUCUAGGGAAGAUGGUGAGGAAAUAGGUACACCCACAUGCAGUGUCGAGGUUGUGGAAGAUGAUGUUGUUCCUCUUGAACUUCCAUCUGAUGAUCCAAAUUAUCUGUGCCACAAGGAUGAUGUAAACUUAGAUGCUGUAGUAAAUAAACCAGUUAUAACUGAUGAACCUGUGUCAGCUGCUGCCGUCACCAGUGCAGAUGGUGAUCUCGAUGAUGUAAUUAAACCAGUUAUAACUGAUGAAUCUGUGUCAGCUGCUGCUGUCACAAGUGCAGAUGGUGAUCUUGAUGAUGUAACUAAACUAGUUAUAACUGAUGAAUCUGUGUUAGCUGCUGCUGCUGUCACCGGUGCAGAUGGUGAUCUCGAUGAUGUAAUUAUACCAGUUAUAACUGAUGAAUCUGUGUCAGCUGCUGCUGUCACAAGUGCAGAUGGUGAUCUUGAUGAUGUAACUAAACUAGUUAUAACUGAUGAAUCUGUGUCAGCUGCUGCUGUCUCCAGUGCAGAUGGUGAUCUCAAUGAUGUUAUUCCUACAUCUCCAGAUCUAACUUGUUCUCCAUCUGGGAAUCAUAUAAAUUUGGAAGAAUCUCUUUCUGGAUUUUCUGAUUCCAAUCAGAAAGGGUUGGAAUUUAAUGAGGCAGCUUCUCCAGAAUGUCUUACAGAAACCAUGACACAAAAAGAAGUGAAUCAACUGGAAGUUGCUCCUGGAGAUACCACAUUGAAAUUGCUGUCUUCUGACCAUUGCAAUUUAAGAAUGUUUGAUGAUAUUCAUGAGUCAUCUCUGGGCAAAGAAACCCAAAACAGUUUGUCUGACAAUGAUGUCACCAGAGCCCCAACGUAUUUAGUACUAAGCAAUGAACAGUCAGAAUCAAAAUCCCCCCAUCAGAGUCAUCUUUUCGAGAAUAAUGAAGAUGAGGUGUCUUCACUUACCUUCUACCUCCCUGAGCCAGGAGUUCCUUUAGAGAAGCCAUUGCAGUUCAAAGCUGAUCAAGCUGAAGUGGAAAGUUUGCAAGAAGAUGAAGCAACUUCUAACUCUUUAAAACUUCAAUCUGAACAAUUGCCAUCUCCAAGUCACAUAGAUCAGGAGAGAUGUGAACAGACCCAAUCUUCAAAUCACUUACAGGAAAGAUGCUUUGACACUCCUUCUGAAUCUUGUGCAGAACACCUUCCAUGCCAACUUUCAGCAUCGGAAUUCUUACCACAGUCAGCCGGCCUGGAACCUGAUGGUACUAAGCAAGCAAUGGAUUCAUUACAGUGUGCCCUGCCUAGCUUUGGCCUACUCCCUGUGGCAGCUCAAGUUAAUCUGGAGGAGAUGCCACCAUUACCGCCUCUUCCUCCUAUGCAAUGGAGGAUGGGGAAGGCUCAAAAUGCUUCCCUUGCUUCUGACAGAGAUUUGGUUGAGGCAAGUCAGCAUGUGUUUCCACCGUUACAGCCAUUCAAUUACGAGAAAGCUCAAUUUGGAUUUCCAGCAUCCAAGACAGGGAAUUUGCAGCUUCCUAACCCGUUUUUGCCCAUCACAGCUGUUGAAGAUGAGAAUUCUCAACAAGUUUCUGAACAAGUGGAGAGUAAUUUGGCACAACCAAUUCCAUUCUCUUUUCAAUUGCCAACCAUGGAUAGUGAGGCUGAUAGUCAACACAAUUGCCUAUCUUUAGAGGGAACGCAAACCCUGAAUCCAUUCUUAACAUCACCAGCAAUACCUAAUGAAAGGCCUGAAUAUGGUUUCCUUGCUUUAGAAGGAGAAAAAGCUCUAUCUAGUUCAAACCCAUUCUCACCAAUACCUACCAUUGAAUACACUACUCCUAAACAUGAAUCUGAAUCUUCACAAGAAAAACAGAUCAAGCCUCUCAACCAAUUAGAACCAGAGAUUGGGUCAGAGGAUAAAACACUUCAAUCCUCUCUGCAAAAUUAUUCAGAAGGGGUCCGACAAAAUCCUUUUGAGACAUCUAUUCCGCCACCAACUAUAGGAGCAGAACAGCCUCAGCAGGCUUUGUUGACUUCAGAUGGAGAAAUUACUCAAGUACCAGGCACUGAAGAAGGAAAGCCAAACGGAAAUCCAGCAAUUAAGAUUCCUCGUCCUCGAAGUCCUCUCAUUGAUGCUGUUGCUGCUCAUGACAAAAGCAAGUUGAGAAAGGUAGCUGAACGGGUUCGGCCUCAAAUUGAACCAAAGGUAGAUGAAAGAGAUUCAUUGCUAGAACAGAUACGAACAAAGUCCUUCAACUUGAAGCCUGCAGUGCCAACAAGACCCAGCAUUCAUGGUCCUAAAACCAAUCUGAAGGUUGCUGCUAUCUUGGAGAAAGCAAAAACAAUUCGCCAGGCAUUUGCUGGAAGUGAUGAAGAUGAUUCAGAUGGUUGGAGUGACUGCUGAAAACACUAGGUUAUGGUACUGCAGCAUUUCACUGCUUUGGUUAUCACCUUGAAAGGGUUUUGAGAGAUUUUAUUCUCUCAAAUAUAGUUAAUAGAAUUUUUUUUUUUUUUUAUCGGGUCUAUUCUUUCUCUCUUCUCCACAUUCAUGUAUAAUAUUCCACUCAUCACCCUCCCAUUGAAGAUGUAUCCAUCGGUUUGUAGCUGUGCUAUACCCACAGAAAAUCAGUAUUGAGUCAUGAUUUAUUCAAGAAUGAAAGCUGAGGUUCAGCGUGCAAGUGCUGUACCAAUCAAUUUCUAUGCAAUGUUAUUUUAUGGUCUUGAAAAAGAUAGGUGUAAAUUGUGUUGGAGUGCAUAAUUUUGGUUUUAAGCC